AUGAUAGUCGAGGGAGAUUGGCACCCAGCAGGAAUAAUAGCAUGUCUGGUGGUGCAAGGGACUGCCGGACCACACUAUGAGCAGCAUGAGUGGAAAAUUUUGCAACAAGAAGUAUUAAAGAAACUGGAGCUACUACAGACCAUCGAGUCGACGCUGACGGCCAGCCCGGUGCGCGGCCCGUCGGCGCUGAAAGGCAGCCCGGUGCGCGGCCCGUCGGCACUGACGGCCGGCCCGGUGCGCGGCCCGUCGGCUCUGAAAGGCGGCCGGGUGCGCGGCCCGUCGGCUCUGAAAGGCAGCCGGGUGCGCGGCCCGUGGGCGCUGAAAGGCAGCCGGGUGCGCGGCCCGUCGGCUCUGAAAGGCAGCCGGGUGCGCGGCCCGUCGGCGCUGAAAGGCGGCCCGAUGCGUCGCCCGUCGGCGCUGAAAGGCAGCCCGGUGCGCGGCCCGUCGGCACUGACGGCCGGCCCGGUGCGCGGCCCGUCGGCUCUGAAAGGCGGCCGGGUGCGCGGCCCGUCGGCUCUGAAAGGCAGCCGGGUGCGCGGCCCGUGGGCGCUGAAAGGCAGCCGGGUGCGCGGCCCGUCGGCUCUGAAAGGCAGCCGGGUGCGCGGCCCGUCGGCGCUGAAAGGCGGCCCGAUGCGUCGCCCGUCGGCGCUGAAAGGCAGCCCGGUGCGCGGCCCGUCGGCUCUGAAAGGCGGCCGGGUGCGCGGCCCGUCGGCGCCGAAAGGCGGCCGGGUGCGCGGCCCGUGGGCGCCGAAAGGCGGCCGGGUGCGCGGCCCGUCGGCGCCGAAAGGCGGCCGGGUGCGCGGCCCGUGGGCGCCGAAAGGCGGCCGGGUGCGCGGCCCGUCGGCUCUGAAAGGCGGCCGGGUGCGCGGCCCGUCGGCGCCGAAAGGCGGCCGGGUGCGCGGCCCGUCGGCGCCGAAAGGCGGCCGGGUGCGCGACCCGUCGGCUCUGAAAGGCGGCCGGGUGCGCGGCCCGUCGGCGCUGAAAGGCGGCCCGAUGCGUCGCCCGUCGGCGCUGAAAGGCAGCCCGGUGCGCGGCCCGUCGGCUCUGAAAGGCGGCCGGGUGCGCGGCCCGUCGGCGCCGAAAGGCGGCCGGGUGCGCGGCCCGUCGGCGCCGAAAGGCGGCCGGGUGCGCGGCCCGUCGGCGCUGAAAGGCGGCCCGAUGCGUCGCCCGUCGGCGCCGAAAGGCGGCCGGGUGCGCGGCCCGUCGGCGCUGAAAGGCGGCCCGGUGCGCGGCCCGUCGGCGCCGAAAGGCAGCCGGGUGCGCGGCCCGUGGCUGAGCGAGCCGUGCUGCGAGAGAAAAAAAAAAAAAUUCUCCCCCCCACAAGAGUUUUUACCAAGUGAAGGAGGCCCCGGCGCAGAGCUCCGGCGAGAGCUGCUUCCCAGCUCAGCCCCGCCCGCCGAGUUACCCCUGGGUCGAGUUGCAGAGGAUGCGGACGGGGAAUGGCGAGCGGGCGGAGUCGGGCGGGGGUACAGCGCAGGACGAUCGGGGAGAGUGGGGGGAGCGUGA